GUCGUUAUUGAUGGGGUCACUGUUGGCCAUCUGUGCUGCGCUAUCCAUAACUGCCAUGUGCCCCUUAACAACAACAACCAUCACUUUUGCCUGACUCAUACACUCACCCAUGGCCACAAAUGUGCUAUUGUCAGCUGUAGCAAUGACAUCCUCAUCAAGAGCAAGGUUUUCCACCUUGCAGAGUACAAAGCGGUCAAGAACAUGCACCAACUUUGGGGGCAAAGCCAUUUCCAACUUCAGCAGCGUCUUCAGCAUUCCCAACUCGCAAAUCCCACAGAUUCCAUUGCACAGGAU